AUGGCUACACAGAAGCAAAACUUGUCUCAAGACGACGUGAAUCUUCUACGGAAUGCAAUAAACGCAAUGCAAUUUGCAUAUUCACCGUACAGCAAGUUCCAGGUGGGCGCUGCAUUGCUUUGCGAUAACGGCGAGAUAAUCCAAGGAGCCAACCACGAGAACGCUUCAUAUGGAGCCACGAUUUGUGCCGAGCGCAGCGCGAUCGUUGCAGCGUUGUCGAAGGGACACAGGAAGUUCAAGGCGAUUGCCAUUUCUACGGAGCUUGCUGAUCCAUGUUCCCCAUGCGGAGUUUGCCGACAAUUCCUGAUCGAAUUUGGGGAUUACAAGGUUAUUCUCGGAUCCUCCACAACUGACAAUAUCAUUCUCACCAGCACUUAUGGCCUUUUACCAUAUGCGUUCACGCCAAAAUCACUCGACGAUCACGAGAAGGAGGCGUUAGAGAGAAAAAUAAGCCAAGCCCAAAAUUUGUAA